AUGAUCGUGGAGGUUGUGUGCGAGCUUCUUGAGAUUCGUCGCAGUGCCCGAGAGGACGCACUCAAUACGAAUAGCGAAUUGCUUGAUCGGACUCCCACACUCAGCUCUGCUGAGCUUGCUCUUCUUGCUCGUCAUCAAGAGGCCGAAAGCUCGGACAACCCCAUGAGCCAGGCGCGUUUGAGCAAUGACUGGUUUCGAGGAUUGGAGUCCGACUCGAACAUUUAUCUUACCACCGCGGUGACUCAGAAUCCAGCAAGAGUAACAGCCGCAACAGCCGAGGCUUGUACACGACAUUUUUCGAGUCUUGACGAGCUCUUGGCAGACCUUGACUUCGUUCAUCGCUCAGGGCGUCAUGCUGGCAUGAUCAAAACCAACUGUCUUGGCCGUAUCUUAUCCGUGGAUGAGAUGCCUGGUCUCCGUGCCGGAUUCACAAGGAAUGUCAAGGUGUAUUCCUCAGCCGACCGAACUGUAGAUCAAGGGUGUCUUCCCGGACGAACCUACAAUGAGACGAUCACGCUGGUUCUCAGCAUUGCAAUGGAUGGGACCGUGUUGCCGCCAAUGGUGAUUCAUGCAAAUCGUGGUCUUGGAGGAGACGAGGACGCCAAUUGGAGUCUUGAUGAAGGCCGGGCGCACUUCGAUCGUCUGGCUGCGAGUUUUUCGCGCCUUGAAGAGCGUCAUCAAGAUAUGAUUCGCUCAACGCCGCGUCAGCGCCACCUACUCGAUCGCAUCACGCCUCAAGAGCGGUCACGACGGCGACGUGCCCCCAUUUUUGGGCCAAUGUCAUCGGGGCCAAGCGCCGCAGAUCUCGAAGGGCGUGAGCGGCGCCGUGUUCAUCUUCAUGCGUCGAGGGAACGACGAGCAGCAAGAGUGGCAAAUGAAGCUGAUCUACGUGCUGCUUUAAACGUACAACGCAUCACGAUUGCCAACCUGAAAAGCUUCUGUCGAUCGCAUUGCCUCGGCACGGCUGGCAGCCGUGCCGAGCUCAUCGCACGCACAAGGACACAACUCGAGCUCCCACAGCCCCCAACCACUCCCUCAUCGCCAGGCAGGCCAGCUGGGGAGGUAUUCGAGCCUUUGGCAACCCCUUUGGCGCAGAUUGAGUCCCGAGAGGACGCCGAGCUCACCCCCAUGCCUGCGUCUCCGCCGCGUGAUGACCGAAAUUCACCUCCCUCAGAUUCAACCCCGCCCACUCUUACAGCAGCAUCAGCAGCACCUUCUCUUGACCAAAUCGUUGAAGAGGAGCCUCAAGAACCUAUUGCGCGUGUCGGAGGUCACUUUGCAGACUCCGAUCUCCAGUUUUGGCUCCGAGACUAUACCUCUCAAACUCAACCAUUUCAGGACGCAACGAGCCUCGAAUCAAACGCGCCAGCCGCGCCUCUGGCCUGCUCAAAUACAGACCAGAACGAGAUUGAUUUGCUCAUCAGGGCUUGCGACGAGAGUACCAAAAAGUACAAGGCGUAUAUCGACUCACUGAUUGCACUAGAGCCCCAUACUUCCACGUCUUAA